UCUGUCGCCAUCUUGCCCCUUCUGAGGCACCGCAAACAAACCUAAUUCCUGGUGUCCCCUAGUCUUGGCGGAGGAGCCUUUUAGAUGAGCCCCGAAAGGCCGGGCAGGGAGGACAAGCUCUUUGGGGCUACCAGACAGAAGCAGCAAUGCCUGUUGUGUGGCCAACCCUUUUGGAUCUCAGCAGGGAUGAAUGCAAACGGAUUCUUCGAAAAUUGGAACUGGAGGCAUAUGCUGGAGUUAUCAGUGCACUUCGGGCACAAGGGGACCUCACCAAGGAAAAGAAAGAUCUUCUUGGAGAGCUCUCAAAAGUCCUUAGCAUCUCAACAGAGCGCCACCGUGCUGAAGUUCGGAGAGCAGUAAACGAUGAACGGUUAACAACAAUUGCACAUAAAAUGAAUUUAUCCUUAUAUUUGGGUGAAAGACCAAGUUACAGUAUGUCUGGACCUAAUAGUUCUUCAGAGUGGUCCAUCGAAGGACGUAGAUUGGUACCACUGAUGCCCAGGCUGGUUCCCCAGACUGCCUUCACUGUAACAGCGAAUGCUGUGGCCAAUGCAGCUGUCCAGCACAAUGCGUCCCUUCCUGUGCCUGCAGAGACAGCAAGCAAAGACGUAGUGGUUUGCUAUUCCUACACAAGUACCACGUCUACCCCAACCUCUACCCCUGUUCCAAGUGGCAGCAUAGCAACGGUUAAGUCUCCAAGACCUGCCAGUCCUGCCUCCAGUGUAGUUGUCUUGCCAAGUGGAAGUACUGUAUAUGUCAAAAGCGUUAGCUGCUCAGAUGAAGAUGAAAAACCCAGAAAACGCAGGCGAACAAACUCCUCUAGCUCCUCCCCUGUUGUCCUGAAGGAAGUUCCAAAGGCUGUUGUUCCGGUCUCAAAAACGAUCACUGUGCCUGUGAGUGGAAGUCCCAAGAUGAGCAACAUUAUGCAGAGCAUUGCCAACUCCUUACCACCCCAUAUGUCACCUGUGAAAAUAACGUUUACCAAACCAUCAACACAGACAACAAACACAACAACACAGAAGGUUAUUAUAGUGACCACAUCACCAAGUUCAACCUUUGUGCCCAACAUUCUCUCCAAAUCUCAUAACUAUGCAGCAGUCACUAAGCUUGUACCAACAUCAGUCAUUGCCUCCACGACUCAGAAGCCACCUGUUGUUAUAACUGCAUCCCAGGCCUCUCUGGUCACCAGUAGCAGCAAUGGCAACAGCAGUUCUACGUCAUCACCUAUUUCUAGUACAGUUGCAGUAACAACGGUGGUAUCUUCCACACCGUCCGUGGUCAUGUCAACAGUAGCACAAGGUGUAUCCACAUCAGCAAUCAAAGUGGCGUCGACAAGACUUCCUUCCCCCAAAAGCUUAGUGAGUGGCCCUACCCAGAUUCUUGCACAGUUUCCUAAACAGCAUCAGCAGUCUCCUAAGCAGCAGUUACAGCAAGUACAACAACAGACACAGCAGCCAGUGGCCCAGCCUUCUUCAGUGUCUCAGCAGCAGCAGCCUCAGCAGUCAGCAUUGCCGCCUGGCAUCAAGCCUACCAUCCAGAUCAAACAGGAGUCAGGUGUUAAAAUCAUCACACAGCAGGUUCAACCAAGUAAAAUCUUACCCAAACCAGUGACUGCAACUCUACCCACCAGUAGCAAUUCCCCAAUUAUGGUGGUUAGCAGUAAUGGUGCAAUUAUGACAACUAAACUGGUAACCACUCCUACCGGUACUCAGGCAACCUAUACCCGUCCAGCAGUGAGCCCAUCCUUAGGUCGCGUGGCCACAGCCCCUGGGGCUGCAACCUAUAUGAAAACUACCAGUGGCAGCAUCAUCACUGUAGUACCCAAGUCAUUAGCUACCUUGGGAGGCAAGAUAAUUAGCAGUAAUAUUGUUUCUGGAACGACUACCAAAAUCACUACAAUCCCAAUGACUUCCAAGCCCAAUGUGAUUGUUGUACAAAAGACUACAGGGAAAGGAACGACCAUUCAAGGCCUCCCAGGCAAAAACGUUGUCACAACCUUGCUAAAUGCUGGAGGAGAAAAAACUCUUCAGACAGUGCCAACUGGAGCCAAGCCAGCUAUAAUUACUGCUACAAGACCCAUCACCAAAAUGAUUGUAACACAGCCCAAAGGGAUAGGUUCCACAGUACAGCCAGCAGCCAAAAUCAUUCCAACAAAAAUUGUGUAUGGACAACAAGGGAAAACCCAGGUUCUCAUUAAACCCAAACCAGUGACAUUUCAGGCUACAGUUGUCAGUGAACAAACAAGGCAGCUGGUGACAGAAACAUUACAGCAAGCAUCCAGGGUAGCAGAUGCCAGUAAUUCAUCUGCUCAGGAAGGAAAAGAGGAGCCACAGGGUUACACAGACAGCAGUUCUUCUUCCACAGAGUCCUCCCAGAGUUCUCAAGAUUCCCAGCCUGUAGUUCAUGUAAUUGCUUCCCGGCGUCAGGAUUGGUCAGAACAUGAGAUUGCAAUGGAGACUAGCCCCACCAUAAUAUAUCAGGAUGUAUCCAGUGAAUCACAAUCAGCCACUUCAACAAUCAAAGCUCUGUUAGAACUCCAGCAGACAACAGUAAAGGAAAAAUUGGAAUCUAAACCAAGACAACCCACUAUUGACUUGAGUCAAAUGGCAGUACCUAUUCAGAUGACCCAGGAAAAGAGACAUUCUCCUGAGAGUCCAUCCAUUGCUGUGGUAGAGUCAGAACUAGUUGCUGAAUACAUCACCACGGAGCGCACUGAUGAGGGGACAGAGGGUGCUUUCCCCCUUGUAGUCAGCCAUCGCUCCCAGCCCCAACAGCCUUCCCAGCCCCAGCGGACUCUGCUUCAACAUGUGGCUCAGUCACAGACUGCGACGCAGACUUCGGUGGUAGUCAAGUCCAUCCCAGCGUCUUCCCCUGGAGCAAUCACCCACAUCAUGCAGCAGGCAUUAAGCAGUCACACUGCUUUUACGAAACACAGUGAGGAACUUGGAACUGAGGAGGGUGAGGUUGAAGAGAUGGACACAUUGGAUCCUCAGACAGGUCUGUUUUACCGCUCUGCCCUGACACAAUCGCAGUCAACCAAACAGCAGAAACUUAGCCAGCCCCAGCUGGAACAGACUCAGCUGCAAGUGAAAACUCUGCAGUGCUUCCAGAGCAAACAGAAGCAGACCAUCCACCUGCAGGCAGACCAACUGCAGCACAGACUCACACAGAUGCCCCAGCUCUCUAUCAGGCACCAGAAACUGAAUCCUCUCCAGCAGGAACAAGCACAGCCCAAGCCAGAUGCACAGCACACACAGCAUACUGUGGUGGCCAAAGACAGGCAGCUUCCUACCUUAAUGGCACAGCCCCCGCAAACUGUAGUACAGGUGCUUGCCGUGAAAACCACACAGCAGCUUCCUAAACUGCAGCAAGCUCCGAACCAACCAAAAAUCUACGUGCAACCCCAAACUCCUCAGAGCCAGAUGGCGCUCCCCUCUUCAUCAGAGAAACAGCCUACAAGCCAGGUGGAGCAGCCAAUUAUAACCCAAGGAUCCUCUGUUACAAAGAUAACAUUUGAGGGGCGCCAGCCUCCCACAGUUACAAAGAUAACUGGUGGCAGUUCUGUUCCUAAGCUGACGUCACCAGUUACAAGCAUAUCUCCCAUUCAGGCCUCUGAGAAGACAGCAGUGUCAGACAUUUUGCAGAUGUCUUUGAUGGAAGCUCAGAUUGAUACAAAUGUAGAACAUAUGGUAGUGGAUCCCCCAAAGAAGGCUCUAGCCACCAAUGUGCUCACUGGUGAGGCAGGAGCUCUCCCCUCCACCCAUGUGGUGGUGGCAGGGAUGACGAAAUGUAGAGAGUCCUGUUCAAGUCCAUCUGCUGUUGGCCCUCCCCUAACGACCAGAAAAAUCGAAGCAGCAGGAGUGCCUACGACAGGCCAGUUCAUGCGUAUUCAGAAUGUAGGCCAAAAGAAAGCUGAAGAGAGCCCAACAGAAAUUAUCAUCCAGGCCAUUCCCCAGUAUGCUAUUCCUUGUCACUCCAGCUCCAAUGUGGUGGUGGAGCCCAGUGGGCUUCUAGAGUUGAACAACUUCACCAGUCAGCAGCUAGAUGACGACGAGACAGCCAUGGAGCAGGACAUAGACAGCAGCACAGAGGACGGGACUGAGCCCAGCCCCUCUCAGAGCGCUGUAGAACGGUCCUAGUGUGCAGACGCCGGAGUGCACUUUAGAGCCUGCGUGGUUACCAAAUGUCCAGGGAAACUUAAAAUUUGUUAUAGUAAAAAAGAAAAAAAAAAAAAAAAAGGAAAGAAAAAAAAAGCACUUUGUUCAUAUUUAGGCUGGGGACCUAGAAGCAUUUUAACAAAAUUAAACUCACAGAGGAAUGUACUUUAAAAAAAAAUAGAAAAAGAAAAAAAAAAGCAAAGGAAACGAUGCACCCCAUGGAGCCCGGCACCUUGUUGGUGCUAAGCAGCGAGAAGAGACUUUCCUGUGAGUGGUCCUGGACUGCUUUCCACUGAGCAAAUGCCACCAGAGAGUAUGAAAAGGAAAAGAAAGGGGAAUAUGAAGAGUUUGUAUUUUUGAAAUGAUGUAUCUGAACAGUUUUUCAAAAAUUGUGUUUGUUUUUGCAAAUCCCUGGAGAUGUUGAUUUGGCUAGCAUUUUACAUUUGCUCAGUUCAUGAUUAGUUUAUGAAUACCUAGGGAAGUCCUGGCAUUGCAGAGUCCUUGCUGGAGGGUAGACAUCAGUCAGGUUGCUGCCUGGGCAAUGUUUGGGGUGGUUUGUACAUGUGCUCCUUGGUUGUAUACUAAUUUAUUGUGGAGUUCCACACUUGCCUAUUUAUUUAUUGUAAAUGUUUUGAAGCAGGCCGAAUCCCUUUUCCUACAUGUCCUGGGAAGCUGGAUCCCCUGGCCUUCCCACCUCCCCACCCCCUCACCCCCCUUUGAGAAGACGGAUUAGAGAAGAUUUGGUCAGGAAGCAGAGGAAAAGACGUUUCUAGCCCAAAGGAAAUGCUCAGUCGUGUUCCUGAAAAUGAGCUCUGCUCAUUGGAUGCUUUCUCGACACCGACAUUGCACACCCGUGUUGGACUGAGACUUUGAAAACAGCUUUGACUUGCUUUGGUUUAAGUCCUUUGAAAUGUAUGAAAGUGUUCACUUACAGUUCUAAAUGUAAUGUUUGUAAGUUUUUAAGUUUUUAGGGUGCAGUUUGUUUACGUCCAGGUGUGGUCUUGUGAUUGCUGUCUAUCACAAGUAGAGUGAAGGGUAAGGGAUGGGAGGGUAAGAAUUUUGACAAGCUGUGGCAAAGGAAACUAUACCUUUCAUUUUUAAAAAGUGUAAAUAGAAAAGUUUUUAACGGUUUUAUAUGAAUUUCACUAUAAAUAAGCAUUUUAAGACUGA